CCGCCGGCCGGGCCGCUCCGCCUCCUGCUGCCUUCCGCGCGGCGCGCCCUCCGGCAUGUCGGCGGCCGUGGCGUGCGUGGACUACUUCGCCGCUGACGUGCUCAUGGCCAUCUCCUCGGGCGCCGUGGUGCACCGUGGGCGACCGGGCCCCGAGGGCGCCGGCCCCACCGCCGGCCUGGAGGUGCGCGCGGCGCGGCGCGAGCCCGGCCCGCCUGGGCCCCCGGCGCCGCCGCCGCCCGCCGCCCCCGGCCCCGCGCCCGCCACGCCCCACCUGCUGGCCGCCAGCAUCCUGGCCGACCUGCGCGGCGGGUCCGGCGCCGCCUCGGGGGCUGCCUCGCCUGCCUCCUCGUCCUCCGCCGCCUCGUCCCCGUCCUCGGUUCGCGCCCCCGGCGCCGCGCCCGCCGCCGCCAAGAGCCACCGCUGCCCGUUCCCGGGCUGCGCCAAAGCCUACUACAAGUCGUCGCACCUUAAGUCGCACCUGCGGACGCACACAGGUGAGCGCCCCUUUGCCUGCGACUGGCCCAGCUGCGACAAGAAGUUUGCGCGCUCCGACGAGCUGGCCCGCCACCACCGGACCCACACGGGGGAAAAGCGCUUCCACUGCCCCCUGUGCUCCAAGCGCUUCACCCGCAGCGACCACCUGACCAAGCAUGCUCGCCGCCACCCCGACUUCCGCCCAGAACUGCUCCGGCGCCCCGGUGCCCGCAGCGCCUCGCCCAGCAACUCACUGCCCUGCAGCCUGGCGGGCAGCCCUGUGGCCAGCCCCUCAGCCAGCCCCGGCCCUGCCGGCCUGUAGGGUACCUGGCCCUUUGGAAUGGAGCACCAGCAGCACCCAUGGGAACAGGGGGGCGGACAGGGAGCCCCAGCCCCUGCCGGCCUUCUCCUGUGAACCCUGGGCACGCCCUCCAGAAAGUAGGGCCAGGCUGAGACCAGGUCACAGGGGUCUCGGUGGAUGGCUGGGGCCUGCAGAAAGGAAGGGAUUUCUGUGUGUGUAAAUAGCCGCGAUUGUUAACUCUCCUUUUAUCUGUUAGACAGGGACCCCAGGGGGUGGCCAGCAGGCCAUGGUGGGUCACUGUCACCACUUCCCUGCUUUCUCUGGGGGUGGGGUUCCUAGGAGAGGAGCCCCCUGCUAAGGGCUCAGACUCCACUCCCAGGCUGUUCCCUUCCAUUUGGGGUGAACUUUGCAAAGAGCCAUAGAUGAACCAGGGGUCACUGUGGGCCCCACCCAACUCUGGGGCCCCAACCCCACCGAAAGCCAUUGGAGAUGUUCAGGGAAAUGGGGUGGCCCAGCUGCUCCCUUGGGUACUCAAUCUCAGGUGUCCCAGGUUCUGCCCACUGCCCACAGAAGGGGCCGCCCUGCGGACCCAGACAGGGUGGCGGCAGGAGGGUGUUAGGGUUUCCAUAGGGGCCCCCGGGGCUUGGGGUGGGUAUGGGGAGACCCCAGGGCUGCUUCCAAAGAGCAUUGUGACUCACUUUUUGGGCAGGGGUUGGGGGGGAGGCAGGGACAGGGUCCACUUGGGGAGUGAAUGCGGCUUUAUUUAUUUCCCUGUCUUGCUGGUGUGGGGGGGCCCUACUGCCCCUCUCUGGGUGUCUGUGUGUGAGAUUGUUGGGGGAGGCUGGCACCAUGGACGCAGCCUCCCUGCUCCUGCCGGGGUAGGGUCCCCGACUUUGGCCUUCCGCAGUGUCUCGUGACAAUCAAUCCCAAACAUUCAGGACCCCCAUAGCCAUUGAUUAUGAUGUACCCCUCACCCCCCCUGCAAGUGGGGUGUCAGGCCUGGGACAGCAGGGCCACAGGCUCUCUCGGGCCCUCAGCUGCAUCCUGCAUCCUCCUUCCCCCUAAUACCCUUCUUCUUUCUGGGUGCCUGAAAGGGACAGCCCCUCGGCCACACAAUUGAGUUCCAGAACCUUCCAUGUGGACUUGGAGCAGGAAUGGCCGGCUCCUGGGAAAAAGCUCGUUUUUUUGGGCGGGGUAGAAUAUUUUUUCAGGCGCCAAUCCCUUUAUUGUUCUGGGCCCCCGCGUGGGUGGUCUGUUGUCCUCAGGGGUGUGUGUUUGGGGGGCGUCUCCGUGGUCUGAGCUUGGGGAGGGAGGGGGUGUAAAUGCCAAGACCGCUUAUGCCCCCAUCUUCUGGACAGAGGGGCUGAGGACUCCUGCCCUGGACCCGAAGGGGCACAGCAGGCUCCCCACCCAAGACCCUGAAAGGAUCUGGCCCCCCUGUUGGUUGCAGGGUUUUUUUUGACAGGGGUCCCCCACUAGUUGCAGGCUGGGGUUUUGGAUCCUCCCCAGCUGGCGAGCCCCAAUGUCCUGGGGGAGGGGGGAAGGGGAAGCCUUUAGGAGCUGGGCUCCAGAAGGUCCCUUCUCGGCCCUCACCUGGGGGUCCUCAACAGGGCCAGGCUGUCUCCACCUGUGCCCUCAAACCCUUCUCUCUCUGGCAGCUGAUAGUGAGAUGCCUUAGUCCGUGGGGGUGGGUGGGGGGCUGGGACCCUGUGUACCUUUGUGACUUUGGAUGUUCCCUUGGUUGGGCCCCACCUGGCUGGUGCCAGUCUGCAGGUGGUAGGUCAGGGGGCCAUGGCCCCCAACUCUUCUUUGUCCCUCCCCCCAUCCAAUGUCCAGGGACCUGGAGAACCUCCGUAUGAGGAGCUUCUGGGUAUUGGGAUGGGUGCCAGCCAUUUAGCAGUGGGGGCCUGCAGGAGGGAGGGCCCCCGAGGACCUUGGCUUUCCGUGGGUGGGCGCCCCCUCUCCCUCCCCCUCCUGCCUGGCCUCAUCCUUGUAUUUAAUUAAUUAAUUAAUUAAACAAUCUCUUUUUUAAACCCUACCUCCUGUGUCUGUGAGGUUCUUCCUGUGGCUAGUCGCUGGCCCCGAAGCCCUGGGCUCUCCGAGCCACUCUGCCCUGCCCACCAGUGUGGUGGGUGGGAUCGAGGCUCCACAGCCGUCAACCUGGGGAAACUGAGGCAGUGGGCUAGGAAGCCCUCGGGCCUGGAGCUGGUCUUGGCCAGGCCCCUCUGGCUGGGACGCAGAAUAACCGCCCCCACAAUGAAUGAGCCCGAUGCGGAGGCGCCC